CUCACUCACUCAUUCCCAUAACAUCACAGACUUCCCAAUAUCAUUCUCAUUACUAUUACUAUUUACCUACUAUUCUGUGGCGUCUCGCUCCCGCUUUCCCAUAUAUGCAACAAUAUCUUACCAAUAAUUCCUACUCCUUUUUCUUUUUUUUAAUAAAUUAAAAAAAAAAAAACAAAAUUAUUCUCUCUACUUUUUUUAUCUUCUUCUUUUUAAUUGAAAAAAAUUAAAAUAAUUUCAUCGAUUCUUUUUUUGGAGCUUUUUUGAUGUGCUGUCUCGAUCAGCGAUUGAACAUGAUCCGACUGUUAUUCAAGUCGGAUUGAAGGUUUCAUCUUGUACAUUGUGGAAUUGCAUUUGGAUCUUAAAAAUCUAUUGAGUGAAGAGGUCUGUGAUGCAACUUUUCGACGGAUUAACUAUUGCCUUUGAAUAAGUAAAAUUACAUUUGAAAGCUCUAAUUACUGAGGUUGAUUUUGGGAUUAGAAAUUUUUAGUUUGGAGAAAAAACACAUCUGAGCUAAGAAUUUUGAUAAUUUAUAUGUAUUACAAAUGACUACAUAUGAGCAAGAUCCUGAUGUUGUUCGAUGGGGUCUUCAGCUAUUUGACAGCGAUCCGUAUUCUAGUUGUGGGUACUAUGGCACCAUUAUGCAACCUGAUGUGGAUUAUUAUCAUGGACAGUAUUUUAAGGAAGAUAAUUAUGAUACAGAAUGUGGAAAUUCAGAAAAUGAUGAGCUUAUUGCUCAAGCUCUUGAAGAGCAGCUAUCACAACUUACAAUUGUAGAAUCACCCGGAUAUCCAGAUGAAGAAUUGGAGCAUUUGCAAGUAUCUUCCUUCUCACAAGAUUGGGUUGAGCAAUCUAUGGGAAACUGUAGCUCUGGGCAGGAGUGUGACCGUGAAGAAGUUGAUGAUAUGGGGCCUACUACUUCAUGUUCUUCCCCUGAAGAAAUUAUGUACUAUGGGGAUGAGUUGUUAUAUUUAUCAGAUUUGACAGAUGAGCAUGCUCUUGAUGGAGAAGUGGGGAAAAGGUUGAAUCAGAUGGUUCCUGUUCCUCAUAUACCGAGAAUCAAUGGGGAAAUACCCUCAGUUGAUGAAGCAACUUUAGAUCAUCAAAGGCUACUGGACAGAUUGCAGUUAUAUGGGUUGAUUGAGCAGAAAGUUCAAGGAGAUGGUAAUUGUCAGUUCCGUGCUCUAUCGGAUCAAUUUUAUCGAACACCUGAGCACCACAUAUUUGUCAGAGAGCAAGUUAUAAAUCAGCUUAAGACUUCCCCGGAUAUAUAUGAGGGAUAUGUUCCCAUGGCUUAUGAUGACUAUUUGGAGAAGAUGUCCAAGAGUGGUGAAUGGGGUGAUCAUGUCACUUUGCAGGCUGCUGCAGACUCGUAUGGUGUUAAAAUAUUUGUCAUAACAUCUUUCAAGGACACCUGCUACAUUGAGAUUCUUCCUAAUGUUGAGAGGUCGAAGCGAGUAAUUUGUUUGAGCUUUUGGGCAGAGGUGCACUACAACCCAAUAUAUCCUGAGGAGGGAGAUGAGCUGCCAGCAUCUGUGGUUAAGAAGAAGAAAAGAAGGUGGAUGUCGAGAAAUAAGCAUUUGGAGUCACUGGAUCAAGACUGAAUGGUAAUGAUAGACAUUGCUCUGUUAUUCUCUAACAAACAACUUUUUUCUCAUCUGCUUCUGAAAGACUUUUCCUGCUCUCUUAUAGCAUUUUUCACUGGAUUCCUUUGAGAGUGGAUUCUAAGAAAGAUACCAAAGGCAUGAGUACCGCUAUGCUUAGCCUCACUUGUACAUCUCCUUUGAUGCAACUCUAGACCGCAUUCUUUUCAAAAAUUACUUUUCUAUGUAAAACUCUCCUUUCAGCUCGGUGUUUUUUUUUUUUUUUUGGAACUGUUCCAACUUGUGUACAAGUAAUCAGAGCUUGUGUGUGCCGUCGCUGUCAGAGGUAUCAGGAAAUUGAGAUCCAGGCUGAGAUUAGAAGUUAACUUUUUAAAUUUUUCCCUCAAACCUUGGAUCAAGAAAGUUUUUAAACUUAGAAAGUUAUAAAGUUUUUUGAUCCAAGGAUUAAGGGAAAAUGUUAACUUUUUAAAACUCUUAAUCUUACCCUUUGAAAGAAUUUGCAUCCUGCGCACAGUGGAUCCCAAUCUUGGUUGAAUGGGAUUUGAACAAUUAGACGUCUCCGUUAAAAACACCAAGAAGUGUCACUUGAACUACAAAGUUCUUUCCUUAACCUUUCUACGAA